AUGGAAUCUCUUGUCUAUGAGAACUCGCCUUUGGCUGAAUAUCUCCAAGCGGAGGGUGAGCACGAUGCAAACUGGCCAGUUCAGGAGACCGAGCAUAGCGACGAUUUCUCCGAUUCCACCACGGCGGAUUUCGCCCCACGAGGGGCUUCAAAGUUCCAGGAGCGCAUUCGAAAUAAACUUCCCAAACCACUUGAUCAGAAGGUCUUGCGACAGAGGGCAACUCUGGGUAAACUCUAUGAUGCCUGCACGUCGGCCUUGAACUCGCGCGUCGGACGAAGCGACAACGAGCGAUUCCUUGAGCAAUUCGGCUAUGUUAUUGUCGCCUCUCAGUUGUUGAACGAGCACAGUGCGCCUUCCUAUACUUCAGCCGCGGAUGUAUUCUCUGCUGCACGACCUGCCGACCUUCCCUCGAUUUCCGCGACUUUUGGUUUACAAGGGGCCCUUGUGACCGCGUCGACAUCGUUCUCUGUUGCUUGGUUAAUACAAUGGGGCCGUUCAAAGCCCGCAUCGGGACUCAAUCUUUGGAAGAUGGGGGUGCUGCUGGUAUUGGUCCCUGUCAUCGGAGUAUUUUAUUUCGCCUUCGCGAAGAGGCAAUGGUUGAAGUAUCUGCGGCACCAAGCUGUAGAUGCGGCAGCGGCAUUUAUAGGCAAUGCGCAGGGUUUCGACUCUGCUGCAUCGGCAUCAGUCGUGUUUAUACAGGAAGUGGAGCUGGUCUCGAGAGGCUACCGCAUAAGCACACCUCUACCACCGAUCAGCAGACUAGAAGACCAGACGCAAAUACGACGAUGCUUGAGACUGCGUCGCACCGUAUCCGAAUCCUUUCACUCCAUGCUAGGUCGAUACCUCCAAGUACAACAGACCUUACAGCCUCUUACCGAUGACGCCAACCUGGCCAAAUAUUACGACAUCUAUGAUAUUUCUGAAGAAGAGCUUGUGGAGGCACAAGGGUUAUACCAUGACCGAGCGACCGAAGACCAAUACUCUCUGCGUGCGCUGCGGACGUUAUUCGGAAGACUCUAUGUUGUGAGAAAGAGCAUUCUCUGUUGUCUUCUCGCCCUUGGGGCCGAUGGCGGUGGGUCUGAUAUUGCGAGAUGGACCACUGCCGUCGAACAGAUGCGCGACCUGGCCAGCGUGACCGGGGAAAAUACGCACAAAAUGACCAGCAUUUUGAACGAAGAAGAUACUGAUGCUAUUCCUCCUUCUCCCCUACCAACCGCCUCGCCUAACAAGGACAACCUUCGGGCACAGUAUCGUCGGAUCAACUCCCUUUCCCAAGGGAUUCGGGCACUUCACGCCAAAAUGCAUAUCCUCAGAGAGGCAUCGAGCGCAAAUCUUGAACGGCCGGACUCAAGCGAGUUUGAGGUAACCCUCGUUCCUCAAUAUGAAUCUAUCGGUGCAGACAUCAAGGGUCUGCUUCAAGAAUGGGAGGCGGGCAAGUCAGCCCUGGCAAGCGCACUGGACAGACAACCCAACACAGACUACUCGCGGCCUACGAGUGGUAUCAAAAUCCCUCUGUCGCCUACCCCUAGCCUUGGGGGCUCCACGGCUGUUGAAGGAAGCCCGGCAGAUGCACUCAGGGCUUUGAACGGAGAAAGGCCCGAUUCAUUCAUUAUCCACAAUGCAGAUGACGCAGAGGAGAUUUUUGAAGCAAUUGCUCUGCCGCCUCGCAAUAAAAGGGCAUCCAUGACUAGAGAAGAGCGCAUCGCCCGUGUCAAAGAAGACAGGGCACGGCAGGCCGCUCUACGCGAUCGUGCUGAUGCAAAUACAAACAUGCUGAAGGAGCUUGAGAUGGUUAUCAAGCAGAGACCCCGCACUAUUCCUUACAUUUUACCACACCGCCACCUACACAUCAAGAUGUUGGAAGCUCGCCUCGAACAAGCUAGUCUUCUCAAGCGCGUCGUCGACGCGAUCAAGGAUCUCGUGCAGGACUGUAACUUCGAUUGCAAUGACUCCGGAAUCUCCCUACAGGCCAUGGAUAACUCCCAUGUUGCCCUCGUUUCCAUGCUGCUCAAGGCCGAAGGAUUUUCUCCCUACCGCUGCGACCGUAACAUUGCCCUCGGCAUCAACCUGGUUUCUCUGACCAAAGUCCUGCGGGCUGCUCAGAACGAGGAUAUUCUUACCCUUAAGGCCGAGGACUCUCCCGAUGCCGUCAACCUGAUGUUCGAGAGUGCCGAGACCGACAGACUGAGCGAGUACGAUAUCAAGUUGAUGGACAUUGAUCAAGAACACUUGGCCAUUCCCGAGACAGAGUACGCUGCUACGGUUGAGAUGCCGGCAGCAGAGUUUCAGCGCAUCUGCAGAGACCUGAUGGCUCUUUCUGAGUCCGUCGUUAUCGAGGCCACGAAGGAGGGUGUCAAGUUCUCCUGCCAGGGAGACAUUGGAAGCGGCUCUGUCACUGUCCGUCAACACAGCAACGUCGACAAGCCUGAGCAGAGCGUCUCCAUUGCCCUCAGUGAGCCCGUCGCCCUCACUUUCUCUCUCAAAUACCUCGUCAACUUCUGCAAGGCUACCAACCUGUCCAACAAGGUGACUUUGUGCUUGUCGCAGGAGGUACCCCUUCUCGUCGAGUAUGGUCUGGGAAGCGGCCAUCUUAGAUUUUACCUUGCUCCUAAGAUUGGUGACGAGGAGUAG